CGUAAGCGGAGCCCCCUUGCAUGCCAAUUCAAACCUCUAUUUAAAAUGCGCUCCGAGUUGUUCGCGUAGUUUUAAAUUGAAACCUUGCAGAGACGUUAUGAAGACAAAUUUUUAGAGUGAGCCAAUAUAGCAGCUUUCGGGAGAAAUGUAAGUAUACGUAAGUUAAUAUUUGGGUCAUUUUUGCUCGGCUUACAAUACUGUAUAGUGUGGUAUGAUUUACAAAAUAUCUUCCCAUGGCUUAGCUUACAGUAAGUUACGAAUGAUUUUCCCAGAUAAUGUUAGCUUGUAAUAAAUCACAAAAUAUUUUCCUAUAUAGUCUUUAGCUUAGAUUCGUAUCAAAUUAAUAAAAUUUAUUCCCCAUAAUGUUACCUUACGUAAAUUUUGUUUACAUAUUACGAUAAUUUUUUUUCUCAUUACGACAUUAGUUUUAGCGCGAGUGUCUUUGCGUACAGGAGUAUUAUACUUUGAGGUAUAAUUUCGUUGUCAGGCUCUCGUUGUUCAGUACUAGCAUUGUCAGGGGAUUUUUUAACUAUACUAUUAUAACCACUGUGGUAUUUACCCCUGUAUGGGUAGGCCCUUUGCUUAAAAUCUAGUGAAGCAAGAUUUUCAGGUGAGCUGGGCCCUUUUUCUAUCAUUAAUAAAAAGGCUCAUGCUCGUUGAGAAAGAUGUAUCUGCCUCAAUGCUUUCUGCUUUCUCAAUCUUAUUAGUCAACACAGAAUAGUCUUUAUGUACGCUUAACUGGCAUGGGAUCGAAAAGCCUCAUUGCUAAGAAGUUGCCCCAGUAGUUCAGUGUAAUUUCUUAAGAAAUGCCCUGAAUAUUGUAAAUAUACUAGUCUAUCGUAUUUACCCAUAGGCCAUAUACGUAUAGACCAUAUAUAGUCAAACUUUGUAUGCUUAGUAAUCACAUGUUUCUAUUUUCCGUGGUUGCACGGACUCUAUAUGCAGUACUUAAUUAAUUUGGCUACUUUUAAUACUUUCAUUGACACUCUAUAGAGACCAUACAGUCUUGACUCAAUACCGGAGAGUGGUGCAUGUAAUGCUUCAAUUGAUGUGCACUAAAAUUUGUCCGUAAUUAUGAAUGAAAACUGCAACGAUAAAACGGGAGUUCUCGUGCUGACAUGAUACAAAAUCUCAAUAAUCUCUGCUUUUUGCUAUAGCCUUAUUGAAAAACAACAGUGUUGAGAUGUACCAAACCAUGAACCGAGCAGCACUGCUUCUAGCUUCACUACAACUCUCCCUUGCUUACCACCUGCAGUUUUUCGUACCACUAAGUAACGAAGGCGUGAGUUGGGACGAUACCGAAUACGGUAAGAGCUACGCUCAUGGACUGACUAUUGCAAUCGAUGACGUUAAUAACGACCCCACAAUCCUUCCGGGCUUUAAAUUGACGUACAGUUGGACCGACAGUACGGACAAUGACGCAGUGUUACAAAAAAUGUAUAACAAUGGCACGCAUCAUCUUUCAACGAAAAAUGGAUCUGUUGAUGUGUUUAUCGGGCCUGCAUCCAAAUGUCAAGCCCCUGCCAACGUUGCUGAAGCGUUGAAUAUACCAAUGAUAUCUUAUGUAAGUAUGAUACUAAGCUGGUUUUAAGCUGUGUUUCACUUUAUUAAUUUUUCUUACGUUAUUUGGUUGAUUAAAUUUGUCAGCCAAUCAGAAGCAGAACCGACCAAUAAGUCGAGAAUAUCCAAUCUUUUAACAUGCACGAUUUGGUUAAAUUAAUCUUCCUGGUCUGGUCACAAUUCGUGUGUGGCGAAGUUUAAUAAAUAAAUAAAUAAAUAAACAUUUAAUAAAAAAUGCGCGUGAUUUUAAAGAGCGCGUACACUAUUUAGUACUAAUUAUAUCAUAUAUUUGACGCAAAACGGAAGAGGGGGUAGUUAAUAUUAUAUAAUAAAAUCGAAUUGAAUUGAAAUAAAUAUUAUUCUAUGACGUUACCAAUCAUCGCUUGCACAAUUAAGAAAUUCGCACUUAAGAUAUACGAGUGGCAGGGUCACCACAACAGUAUAUACCAAUUACUGUGGGCCCUUUAUGAGUUGGUACAUUAAAUAAAGUUAGUUUAAGAAUGCAAUGCAAUGCAAUGCAAUGCAAUGCAAUGCAAUGCAAUGCAGUAGGUCAGCGAGAGGCAGCGAAGUUGUGGCGGAUGCCAAAUUCAAACCUCGCUAUUAGAAACAGCAAGAGAUUGGACUAGUAGCAAGACUACAAGCCAUAUUACACUUUAGGCAGAUAGAUUUCCAUGUCCGUGGAUUUUCAGGUUCAUUGUUUAUGUUUAAAGCAGUACUGUAAUAUUCGAAUAUAAUAAAGACUUAAAUCUCUGAUCAUUAAUAUAAGCUUAAAGACUGAUGUCUCAGUUCGUGUUGUCAUCCUAUUCCUAAGUACGGUUUUCUACAACGUUUCAGUCCAAAGCUUUCUUUAUAUAAUACCCAGGGCUCAUCACCUAGCAGAAAUUCACUUUGUGUUAAAAAUUUCCAGAAUUUUGAGUUUGAAUUAAUCAGACCAUGCUUGGUAGAUAUACAACUGGUUACAACUAGACACAACUAGAACUGCAUGUUAUAAAUAAUUUUAAAGCCCACAAAACACUGCGAUACAAGAAAAUGCUAUCUAGUCCGAAGCCGUCAAUCCUAGACAUGUGGUCUUUGUUUUUUAAAAUGUACGUUUGACAACCAGAGCCAAAAAUGGAUGGUUUUCUCCCUAUGGCUAUGUUGGAAUGGUAAAAGGAAUUUAUAUAAACUGGCACAAGUAAAUUUCAUGAACUAAAACUGUAGUUGCAGGAACACCAGACAAAUGUUCUAGUAAAGAAUCCUUAUUACACUUCCCGAAGGGAAAGUGUAUGUUGCGAAGGAUGUUGCGAAGCAACAUCUGUACAUCUGUGAGUCUUUGUGGUUACUUGAGUGUGGGGCAGUCAAACAAUGGGAAAUGACCAGCCUGCUUUGCUCGCACUGUUUGCCUGCGAAUCGGGCCUUUCAGAACCGGAAAUCGGGCUGGAGCACGCGUUCGUUCUUUUGAUUUGGCAAAAGAAGCACGACAAAUGGCAAAAUUCGCACGGUGCUCGUUUGCAAAAACAACUGUAAACUGCUCCAAUUGUUUCUGUCAUUUUCAUCUCAUCCGUGAGUCGGCCUUAACGGCCUUUGAUUCUAUUUUCGUCGAGAAAACGACCAGUGUUCACGGUGUUUAUAGCCUGCGCGCAGACUAUAUAUAUAUGUAUAUAUAUAUCUAUAAUUUUAUAUAUAUAUAUAUAUAUAAUUUUAUAUAUAUAUAUAUAUAUAUAAUUUUAUAUAUAUAUAUAUAUAAUUUUAUAUAUAUAUAUAUAAUUUUAUAGUCUGCGCGCAGGCUGCGGUGUUUACCGCUUACCAGUAAUUAGUAUGAUUAUACAGGGUGUCCCAAAAAAACGAAAACUAUUGAAAUCACUUUAAUAUUGUUAAAUUUGAAUGCCCUACCAAGUUUAGUUAAGAACAUCUCCUUGUAAAGUGCGCGAUUUUCUGCUCUUGGGAAUUUAAAGCAGCUUCUUAAACUGUUUCUUUGUGCGUAAAAUUUACUUAUGUCAAUCAUUUAUGCACUCGUGGGAACCAACAGAAUGCUAAUUCAUUCAAAUUCUAACAAUUAAACGGUUGUUGGUGAUUUCAAUAGUUUUCGGGGUUUUUUUUGGACACCCUGUAUAAUUGUUCAUCUUAAUUAGUAUUCUUUUGUAGUCGUAUUUUAAGCUAUUCAAAACAUUCGUUGUCGUGUUUUAUCAGAGUAUAAAACGCUCGGCCUUGCGUUUUAUAUCUGAUAAAACUCUCCUACUCGUGUUUUAAAUAGUAUACUAUAGGCAUACUUUUCUUCCAUUCCUAGUAUUGCUCCGAAGGCGGAUAUUUUAUGAAACAAGAAUACCCGCUGUUUAUUCAAACUUAUCAAAACACCAACAGUCAAGCAGCUUCAGCGUUGUUGUCCCUCUUGAAAAGCCAAGGCUGGAUGAGAAUCGGGGUCAUUUACGAAGAAAGGAACGACUACUGGAUACAAUUCAAGAAUACAAUGUUGAAAAGAACUGAUAUUCAUGUGGCGGCCAGCCACGAGGUACCGUUAGUACGCAAAUUCAGCCAAUUCGGAGAACGUUUUCUGGAAUUUGAAGAAAUGAAGCAACGAAAUCAGUCGUUGGCUAAAGUACGUAAAGUGUUGACAGAUAUGGCACACGAGCAACGGAUAAAAAGUAAGCUGGUUUCUGUAUUGUAUAUACUUGUUAUGUUAUUGUUACUUAUCAGUAUAAAUUUAUUAUUAGGGAAAUUAGCGAGCUUAAGCAAGCAAUAUUUUUGUCAACCCAGACGUCAGAUUGUCGAGGGGACUGCUUUCGAAACUGUGAUUGUGUCAGACUGUCAGUUCGUGGUAAUCUUGAAUGUAUAUGACAAAGCAUAAGUUUUCUUUUUUCCUUACACGAGCGCUAUGAAGGGCGUCAAUCUAUCCCAAAAAGUGGGGGGCGCUAAAACCAACAUCUCCUAGCAUGUGCACAUGACGUUACUCUCGACGAAGCCUAAAAUGUCCUCACCCUUAUUGUAAUGCUAAUAAUCUAUUAAAUUAACCGUUUGCCUUAUUUUGAUGAUAAUCAUAUGUAAGGGAAACUCAGUUAAAAUGCAAUUAUUUUUAAGUUUUUACAAUUUUACAUAAUAUAUGCGAUGUCAGUAUUUGCUCCCAGCGACCGUACAGAAAGAUCAUACGUUGCACUUCUUCUUGUUAAAUGUCUUCCUUUCAAUCACAAUUUUUGAUGAACAGCAUACCAUGCAUUAGGUUUUUAGAUAACCACGAAACAAAAUUUCAGUAAACAUGUCAAAAAGUGGAGGGAUAAUUAGAUAUUCGUCCCCCCACUCCAAAAACUGAGGGGGACGCGUCCCCCCCCCAUCCCCCCCCCCAGGAUUGACGCCCAUGAGCUAUGAUGCAAAAUGCCGUCAACAUUAGUUAUACCAAAUUUGGGUGACGUUCGUGUUGACAAAAACAUCGCUUGCUUAUUAAACUCACUGAUAUUAAUGUUGUGUAUUGUUCAUUUUGUAAUGCCCGUAGUAAAUGUUGUUGUGUUUCUAAUAAUUAUAAUUUGCGACCUUUUUGGUUGUGUGUUUGUUCAUAGUUAAUACUAUGGUUUGUUGAAGUUGAGUUGUUGUCUUUCUCCUUGCUGUUGUGCCGUUCAGUCACUCUACUGUAGUUGUUAUUGUAUGAGCAUGCUGUAUGCAUGCAUGCUGUAUAUGCAUGUGUUGCUGUUGCAGCCGUUGUUGUUGUUGUUGUUGUUGUUGUUGUUGUUGUUGUUGUUGUUGUUGUUGUUGUUGUUGUUGUUGUUGUUGUUGUUGUUGUUGUUGUUGUUGUUGUUGUCGUCGUCGUCGUCGUCGUCGUCGUCGUCGUCGUCGUCGUCGUCGUCGUCGUCGUCGUCGUCGUCGUCGUCGUCGUCGUCGUCGUCGUCGUCGUCGUCGUCGUCGCC